CAUUUUUGGAACCGGCGUAUCACUUUGGCACUCGACGAUCAUGUCUUUCCUUUUGUAUUCCGGUAUUUUAUAGCACUAGAGGGGUGAACGCGAGUUGCAAGCUCUUAGCAUUCGCGAUCAAGUUGCCACGUCAUAGAACAGCCAGUCAAUCCAUUCCGCUUCUCUUCGGUCGCCUCAAUUCCUGUGGAAAUACAUAUGGAAUGCUAGGCUAAUUCUACUGCGCGUCUGCUUCUCUACGCGUGUACGCAUGUGCAGUUAUUUACAACCACAGUACGACUUGUUGGUUCGUGUAGAUGCGCUCGAGAUAUGUAUCUUUCUAUAUUUCCGUGUAACUACACAUGAGAACCCGGCCGCUUUCUCUAGGUCUCUUUCGACCUUUGAUGCUUGGACAGUUACGCAAAGAUGGCAGUUCGAAGCCGUGACCUAUCGACAUGCCGAGCCAAGUUUGUGCGGCACGCGGUGUCGCAAUCUGUAGCAUCUCUGUUCUCAGUUGUCCCUUCUGUGUCGACCGCCGGCGCAUUUUUUCUCCCGGUGCCUGUGCGGUUGUUGCCGCCACCAGAGAGUCGACGUUGUAUUCACUGCAGAGCCCCUUCUGCAGACAGCAGUUCGCGUCGACAAUUGCUUGUGAGAACAGCACUUCCUGUAGCUCAAGAGAAACCGGGUGAAGCUGCCUCUCGGGGCCAAGUGACUGAAAGACUUCCCUGCGAGCUACAAAAAGGUCCACAUAUACCACAUUCUCAAACCGCCUUUGUCUCUAACUCACGUGGAAUCUCGGCAUGCUCUUUCUGCCAGCGACCUGUCGGUUGCUUCCCGACUUCAGUUUCGUUUCUCAAGGGCUCAGCGACGGCAGAAGCGCCGCUUCAGCGCUUGUUGUUGAUGAGAUGGCACCAGCGGAUGGCUCUGUCUUCGGCCAGGAUCCAGCUGAACGGGUUAGUAGGCGCAGAGCAGCAGCUGUCUUCCGACCGAAAAGUGGAGCUCCAGAAGACCAAGAGGCGAGACCGACGACCGUCGACUCCGCGAAAUGGAGAGGAGAGUGAAAUGUCAACACGUGGUAGUGCCGCAGCGGAGCGAGCAUUCGCUGUGCUACGGGCACGUCUAGCAGGGCGACAGCGGGAGACGACGGUUAGCCAGCCAGCAGAAAACAGCGACUCACACCGUGCGAUUUCGGGGCUCGGCCAGCAUUACACCGACUCUACGUCAUCUUAUUCUGUUGAUUCUUCGGGUCUUUCUUCGAAAAGAAGUGACGCUGUAUUUGGUGUCGACGCGCUGCAGUCAGUCUCCACAGAGCCUGGUGUUUCCGACUGUCUGGCAGACGACUCCAGUGAAGAGGACGAAUCCUUGCUCAAAAUAUUCUGCGUGUGUGCACCCGGAUUGGAGGGUGUCCUGGCUCGCGAGUUGCUUUCGCUUCGUCUUCCCGCUCCUCCGCUCUUCAGUGCGGAGGCUUGUGACGCUGUGUCAUCCGGAGAUCCGCGGUCGGAUGAAAAAGUUCGAUUGCAAGAGGCGGCCUUGUCUGCUGCGGCUGCUGCGGCCGAGGCGGCAAACAGACUGAUUCUGAAUGGGACUGUUGAUGGGAAGUACCGAGGUUCGGGUGGAGGAAUCGAGGUCACUGGCACUCUGGAAACACUAUGGAAUAUUUGCAUGCGCAGCCGGUUGACAGAUGCUGUCCGAGUACGGGUCGGCAGCCCUUUCCCGGCUCAGCGGGAAACGACGCUUCUGCGGAGACUCUGCGCCCUUCCGUGGCAGAAGUUCGUUCCCCUCGUCGCUGAUUUAGGCGAACCCGUCGUUUCGGUGCGAGUGCGCCGCUCAAGGCUGCACCACACCAAGAUGCUCGAAGAGAUGACAUCUGCAGCUCUCAAGGAAAACAAAAAGAAAUUCUUGCAGGAUAGCAAGCGAGACGGCCUGCCUCCACACAUGCGAGGACGAGGAGUUACGAUGAGCGGACCACAUCUCCACGUCACUAUGAGGGACGGAGUUUGCCAGGUCAGCAUUGAUGCUGGCGGAGACAUCGGCAAAAGACCGUGGCGUGUUAGUCGCGGGCCGAUGCCGUUGAAGGAACCGCUGGCCGCGGCAGUUGCAUACCGGACGCCUUUCCUGAAUCUGCUCUUUGAAAACAAAAAGCUCUUCGUUUGGGACCCUUUUUGCGGAACAGGACCCAUCUUGCUGGAGAUGCUAGGAAUUGCUGGAGGGAUUCCCUCCAACACGCCCCGACGUCGUCAUGCCUUCUUUGACUUCCCCAUUCACUCUCCAUCGCGUUUCGCCGCCUUUCUCGACUGUAUCAGACUGAGCCCCCACCCCAAUUUGCAGAAUCUGGAACUUUUUGGGAGUGAUAUCGACCUGGAUCAAAUCAAGAGGGCGCAGAAGAAUUUGAACGCAUUUGUUGAACGACUGCCUCGGACGACAGAGGCUCUAGUGAACGGCGAAAGCGACGGAAAAUUACCUUGUAAAAUUGAUUUCACAGUGGGCUCUUUCCUUCAGGUUAGCAGCGGAAUUCCUCCUGGCGCUUUCAUUGUCACGAAUCUCCCGUAUGGUCGCAGGAGCGACAGAGAGACCAUCGAUUCAGUGUACCGAGAUUUCAGGCGCAUGAUAGCUGCUCGUGACGACUGGGCAGGCGUCUAUGUACUGUCUGCUUCAAAAAAGUUCAAAGCAGAUGGAGGACUGAACUGGAGGGCAAUUUCACGCUUUUCAAAUGGCGGAAUAGAAGUCGAACUACUGAAGUACCUCGGCAAGAAGCAACAAAAGGUUACCGCCCGUUGUUAGGUCACAGCGCUCCAGAUCUCCCACACUGUCGUCUUCAGCCGCCGAGGUACUGGCCGACGCAUUUGCGGGUGUUGAACCGGUACAAGGAGUGUGGGACGCUACAACCAAAAUGAUGGGCACUAAACGAAACGGUUCUGAAUAAGGAUUCCGCUUGCGUAUAAGCCAUUUUGGAGUCGCCAGGCGUGGCCACUUCCCGCCGUGCAAUCAUACGAAUUCUUGCGACCUGACACAAUUACUGUGGGGGGAUUUUAGGCGGCUCCCGCCUAAGCGAUCACUUUGAAGUUGCAAGUUAAAUCGUUCACAGGGUUUACUGUCUGCUGGCCAUGUGACACAUCCCUCGAGUCAGCAUGGCUGUCGCCCUCUGUCACAAUUAAACCUCUCUUGACACUGAUGAAUGAAAAGAAACCAUGUGCAUAGACAAAGCAGAAAGUAUCAACACAAAGCCAAAAAUCUGGGGGUAACAGCAAGCCAGGACGCCAACAGCGGAUACCGCAUCAGAAGGCAGCAUGGUUCCUGGCUGUCUUCAAGUAUGCAUUUCUAUAUUCUGCGGAGCUCGCCUCAAGAGGUGCAGAUAGUCAACUAGAGUUGACGACUCGUAGUUGACGAUGCUGUCCUGGUAGAUGCCUGCUGGGUUUCACUGUCGCUUAGCAAUACUGUUUUACCUUACGGAGUUUAUGCGGCUCGUCCAUCGAAUGUCUGUUGCUCCGCGAAUCCAGCUCAUUACAACGGUAACACAAAUAGCGUCAAGUGCCUCAAACAUGAUCUGAAUUCAAAAAUGUCGAGACGAGCGUAAACAGCUGGAAAUCACCGAACUUACCAAGAUCGUUGACAUACAUAUGAUGAAUAUGGCUACAACAACGUGGAGAACGUUAUCUAGUCCUUUCAAUCCCUAAUCGAGAUACCGGCAAGAUGCAGUUCCUGUUCCUUGGAUGAUGGUGUUCAUUCCUCACCUGGUGGGAGAAUAACGGUAAUUGCAGGAUCACAGCCCAUGAAAUACUAACAAGAAGGAAUAGCUGAAGUCCCAAAGUUAAAAAACAUACCAAACGGCUCCGGGCAUACUUAUCUCACCAAGCUCGAUAGCGCAACAAUACUAAAUAUUGGACUGCAGGAGGCAUUGUCUUCUCGAUCGUAAACGUCUGGUGUCGCUUCAUGCUCACGUUAUCAUUUCUUGCAAGGCGUAUUUUUUCAUCAGUCGAUGGUCAUCAACAAUCACCUCCGCCAUAUCCUACGAUAGAGGAGCUUUGUCACGUGAGGAAGCAAAGUGCGCUAAUGCAUGCCACACCCACCGCAUUACCCGCGAAAGUGCAUUCGAAGUAUGGCUGUUUCUGCUCAGCCAGCUUGAAAUAUAGAAUGCUGCUGUAGAACAGUCCUGCCGUGAGAUAUAGCCCCCGACUGCCGUCCCGCCGAGAAGCAUCGUGGUUCUCACUUAAGUCUUUCAGUGGCGACAGAACACGUAGCGCCGUGGUUGUCCACCGGUUUCUGCUGCGUGACGCACUGUUUUCGGCCUCCAGUACGUUGAUGACUACAGAUGGAAAACGGCAGAAACCCGAAAAGGCUGCUGCACAUCACUCGAGUAAACUUCUGUAAGUCUCUGUACAGGAUUUGCAUUACCGGCGAAGGCAAUCGGGG